CGCUCUCAGGUUACGCGUAUGAAGUUGUGGACAAGAGGAGAUCGAAGACAUCCAGAGACUUAGAAACGGAGGAAAGUAGAGACUCACGCCUGUCGUUUCACUCUUGAAGCCGGAAAUAAAUUCGGACAGCGGACAGCGGCCGAGAAAAGGCAUCAAUACGAGUUUGUGGCGUUUAAUUGAGAGACCAAGCAUACCCAACAGUAUGCGGUGCAGUUAUGGCAGGCAAGGGUAAGACAGUCGUGAGGACGCUGGAGGAUUUAACGCUUGAUUCUGGUUAUGGUGGAGCCGCGGACUCGGUCAGGUCGUCCAGCGUGUCGCUGUGCUGCUCCGACACGCAUCAGUCCAUCGCGCAUGGGGGCAACUGCUGGCAUCUGACGGAAUCCAUGCACAGCAGACAAAACAGUUUGGACACAGUCAACACCGUCCUGGCGGAGGACACGGAGAUACUGGAGUGCUCGGGUCAGUGCGCCAAACUGCCCGAGCUGGAGGACGUGCCAUGGAGCCUCGGCGAGGUGGAAGGCGCACUGAGGAAAGACGAGGAGCUGAUGGUGGGCGACCCGCCACCGGAGGUACUGGCACGGCUGUCGGCUCUCAUCAGCCGUGCGCUGGUGAGGGUAGCUCGGGAGGCGCAGCGGCUCAGUCUGCGCUACGCCAAGUGCACCAAGCAUGAGAUCCAGAGCGCCAUCAAGGUGGUGCUCUCAUGGACCAUCUCCGUCAACUGCAUCACGGCAGCUCUGAGCGCCCUGUCCCUCUACAACAUGAGCACCGGGGACAAGUUCAGCCGAGGCAAGUCAGCGCGCUGCGGGCUGAUCUUCUCCGUGGGGAAGUUCUUCAGGUGGAUGGUGGAUAGUCGGGUGGCCCUCAGGAUCCACGAACACGCUGCCAUAUACCUCACCGCCUGCAUGGAAAGCCUGUUCAGAGAGGUGUUCAGCCGCGUCCUGCGCAGCGCGCUGGUGGAGAGGGACAACGGGAUCCCCAAGUUUACGCUGGAGUCAUUGGAGCAAGCCAUCAACAGCGACUCGGAGAUCUGGGGUCUGCUGCAGCCCUACCAGCACCUCAUAUGUGGCAAGAAUUCAAGUGGUGUGCUGAGCCUGCCGGAGAGUUUGAACCUGCACCGGGACCAGCAGCGCUCAGGAAGAGGCGGAGAGGGUCACGGAUACUCUCAGGCCGAGCUCCGCACACUGGAACAGUCGCUGCUCGCAACCCGGGUGGGCAGCAUCGCUGAGCUGAGUGAUUUGGUGUCCCGGGCCAUGCACCACCUGCAGCCGCUGCACAUCAAAAACCCCAGCAAUGGGACUCCAGUCCACCAGAAGGCCAACACCACAGUGCACUGGGAGCCCGAGGCCCUCUACACCCUGUGUUACUUCAUGCACUGCCCACAGAUGGAAUGGGAGAACCCAAACGUCGAGCCCUCCAAAGUCACUUUACAGACGGAGAGGCCGUUCCUGGUACUGCCCCCGCUGAUGGAGUGGAUCCGGGUGGCGGUCGCCCACACUGAGCACCGGCGAAGCUUCUCUGUGGACAGCGAUGACGUGAGGCAGGCCGCCAGGCUGCUGCUCCCUGGUGUGGACUGUGAACCACGACAAAUAAAAGCGGAGGAUUGUUUCUGUGCCACCAGAAAGCUGGACGCAGCCUCCACAGAGGCCAAGUUCCUGCAGGAUCUGGGCUUCAGGAUGCUCAACUGCGGACGGACGGACCUGGUCAAGCAGGCCGUGAACCUGCUGGGGCCUGAUGGCAUUAACAGCAUGAGCGAACAGGGAAUGACCCCUCUCAUGUACGCCUGUGUCCGCGGCGACGAGGCCAUGGUCCAGAUGCUGCUCGACGCCGGAGCCGACAUCAACAGCGAGGUGCCAAGCACAGUAAACAAGCACCCCUCAGUUUAUCCUGAAACGCGCCAGGGGACGCCACUCACUUUCGCCGUGUUACACGGACACGUCCCUGUCGUGCAGUUGUUGCUGGAUAAUAGAGCGAAUGUGGAGGGCGCCCUGCAGGAUGGGGCGGAGAACUACACAGAGACGCCGCUUCAGCUGGCCGCUGCUGCAGGUAACUUUGAGCUGGUGAGUUUGCUUUUGGAAAGAGGGGCAGACCCCAUGAUCGGGACCAUGUGUCGAAACGGCAUCUCCUCUGCACCGCUGGGAGACAUGAACUCAUACAGCCUGGCAGCAGCACAUGGCCACAGGAACGUCUUUCGGAGGCUCCUGUCGCAGUCGGAGAAGGAAAAGGGGGAUGUCCUCUCCCUGGAGGAGAUCCUGGCCGAGGGUUCGGAUCCCGGGGAGAAGAGGUUGGCUCUGCAGGCCAACAGUGGAGGGACCCUGCGAACAGGAAAGGCCAAACUGAGAGCCCUGAGAGAGGCCAUGUACCAUAGCGCAGAGCACGGCCAUGUGGACAUCACCAUAGACAUCCGCAGCUUAGGCGUUCCCUGGACGCUGCACACCUGGCUCGAGUCCCUGCGUACCUGCUUCAUCCAACACCGCCGGCCCCUGAUCCAGGGACUGCUCAAAGACUUCAGCUGCAUCCAGGAGGAGGAGUACACGGAGGAGCUGAUCACGCACGGCCUGCCGCUCAUGUUCCAGAUCCUCAGAACCAGCAAGAACGAGGUGAUAAGCCAGCAGCUGUCAGUUAUUUUCACCCAGUGCUACGGGCCCUUCCCCAUCCCUAAGCUGACGGAGAUCAAGAAGAAACAGACCUCGCGCUUAGACCCUCACUUCCUGAACAACAAGGAGAUGUCUGAUGUUACUUUCCUGGUGGAGGGGAAACCGUUUUAUGCACAUAAAGUUUUGCUGUUUACAGCUUCACCCAGGUUCAAGUCGCUGCUCCAAAACCGACCAGCAGCUGAAAACACCUGUAUUGAGAUUAGCCAUGUCAAGUACAAUAUAUUCCACUUGGUCAUGCAGUAUCUGUACUGUGGAGGCACUGAGUCCUUGCACAUACGCAACACUGAAGUUAUGGAGCUCCUGUCUGCAGCCAAAUUCUUCCAACUAGAGGCCCUUCAGAGACACUGUGAGAUCAUCUGCUCCAAGAACAUCACCACCGAGACCUGCGUGGACCUCUACAAACACGCCAAGUUCCUUGGUGCCACCGAGCUUACAGCUUUCAUCGAGGGCUAUUUCCUGAAGAACAUGGUGCUGCUGAUUGAACUCGACAGCUUCAAGCAGCUUCUGUACGAACCUCCUCCUGCCGAGAGCCCCGUCUCCAGCCCCGGCAUCUGCUCGGACAUCCUCCACGACCUGGAGAAGACUCUGGCUAUGCGCAUCCACUCUAUUCACCUCUCCACCUCCAAGGGCUCUGUGGUGUGAUGCCGUCCUCUUCGGAGCCUUCCGAUCCAGCCACAGCAUCCAUGUAACACCACAAUUAACAUCCAGUGUCCCGCUAUACAGCCCCUUCCACCUGUCCUGGCCCCACCGCUGAAGAGGAGUUUUUACGUCAGGGAUUCCCUUUAAUUCUGCCUGUUGCAGCCAACUGACGGUCAACGUUGGCGAACUCGUUAUCCUAAUGGCUCCCGCUGAUCACUUCACACCCCAUACAGUGAGAUAAACUGUUAAAAAAAAAUUGACUUAACCCAGCAGUAUCACUUAGACCUAACCAUGAUUAUAAAACUUUCUAUUGUAUUUCAUAUAGAAUACAUGCAUGAAAUACACACUGUACACCUUUUUUUGCUUAAAAAGGUAGAGUAGAAUUUUAACUAAAGCAGCUUUCUCAUCAUCUCUGAUAUGAGACUUUGGUUUACAAAUAACAUCACUCUAUGGAAGUGGAUGCCAUUGCAGUAUAAAGUUUCACACAUGCCAAAACAUGAAUAUAAUCCUACUAUACAACCAAUAAAAGUGAUUAGUAGCAAUGCCAGCAGACAGACUUUUAGGUGGACUUAUUUGAACUUAUUAACAUUUUAUUCUGUCACUUCUGUGUUGGAUACGUUUCACUGUGUUAAAUCUACUGUGUGCAGAGGCCAAACUGAUCACAGGAACUUCCACCGCGGCCGACACUGCAGCGCUGAUUUGACUAAAGACGGCCCACUCAGUGAAAUCUAUGCUGACGUAUGCUUGAAACACGGAUGUCCAACUGGGAAAUUAACUUGUGAUAAUAACUCCACGAACACUGUUGGGUUUUUUUUGGGUGGGGGGCGGGGGUUUGUUUUUGCAUGACACCUCCUCAACUGAGCUGCCCCGAUAUUGCUUUUUAUGCAGAGCUUACUUCACGGACCACUUUUGCAAAGGGUGGAAGUAAGGGAAAAUGCUGCUUACUAACUUUGUAUCCACUGCAAAACAGACUGGACUGAGCAGGAUCUGGAAAUGGAUUUCGAUUGGCAGGGAAUUUCUCUUAAAGAUAUUUAAAGCAAAGUGUAAAUAUGUCCUGAAAGUCAUUGUGCUGGUCCUUCUUCUUUUUUUGUAAACUGAUGUACAAUAUUCUCCUACACUCGCUUGGCUGAUGACACCAGUCUGAUUGAAUGUGCUCCCUGAACAGUUUGUUCCUGCUGUAUGUCCCUGUUUAUGCAAAGUUGCAUGUUUAAUCUGUUUGUAUGACUCCUCCGUUUCGCUUUAGGUGUGCUUUCUGUGUAGGUCGGUAGGACUGAGCAGGGUGUUGAUUGUUCCAGCUGAAGUCCAAUCAAAGGAUGCUCCCUUACAUUAUUUUACUGGUUCUGAUACAUUCCAGAUUAUCAGGGUAGAUCACGAGAUGCAUUUCAGAGUCACUUUUUGUUUUAUCUCAUCUGAAUUUCUCAGUAACAUCAGCACUGAAUUUAAUAGAAGCACAAAGUAAACAGGGUUAUGUGACUCACUGUGUUUCUGUUUUUAUGUUCAUUUUUCAAUUUGCACAUAAAAACACUUGACUGGACACUUCAGAAACUCAGAAAAAAGUCAAAUGAUAAAAA